GAACAAGCUCUUGCAACCGUUGUCUUGCAUUUCGGACCGAGUGAACUGUAUUGUCUUUUCUUCCGUUGAAACUUUGCGUGUCGUGGGUACCGCAUGGCUGCCUUCGUUUUCGAUACAAUCGCAGUGUCAAAUCACGUCGCAGAACUUCAGCGGAGUUAUUUCCAUCGGUCGGCUUGCCCUUUUUGCCUGUGCGGCUGUCAUCAAGGCGGAAGAGUAGACGUGUAGCCACUUCGUAUGGGACGUUGAAAUAAAGGAGUUUUUGCUUAAUUCGAUGUCCGGAAACGGAGAAGCGGGGGCUCUCUCUGUUACGAGCAUCGUUCGGCGCUGUACGGACGAAAACGGCGUCGGUCCUCUCGUAUUUCUUCUAAAUUGUCCAGUUUUAUGCGUGCGCACGUUCUGCUCACAGGUCGACACCGAACUGAAAUGUAUCGUGCUGAGUUACUGCUGUGAAAAAUAAGUUUCAACGAGAUUGUCAGUUUGGCUCCUCAGACACCGGUCCUCCUUAAAAGCCGCCGUGCGAUCGAUUCGAGAAGCGGCGUCUUUCCCUCCUUGAGAACAGCAACUGGGGUCACAAGGGUCUCCUAGAUUCUACGGCCUCUUUCUCCAGCAACGAUUCAGAACCACUGCCACGAAGUCAUAGUCAUGGCGACAGCGGAAAAGCUUGGCAAUAUCGCCACCAAUAUUGUCCUCGAGAAAGUGGCUCAGGACAAGCUCAAGGCCGCAUACGAGGCUCGCUGUCAAGACCAGAAGCCUGAGGAAGAAGCACAGCAUGAAGCCAACGAAGAAGCAGAAGGAGGAGGUGAUGGUCUCAUUGACAUUUCGCACUGGCGCGAGAAAAGAAUGCAACAAAUCAAGGAAGCGCGAAACAAGCAGGAUUUAUACCGGCAACAGGGCCAUGGAAAGUACGAAGAAAUCGUAGAAGAAGAAUUCCUUCCAGCUGUGACCAAGUCGAAACUUGCGAUCUGCCACUUCUUCAGUCCUACCUUUGACAGGUGCAAAGUCAUGGACAAGCAUCUGACCGAACUUGCACUUCUUCAUCUGGAAACGCGUUUUAUGAAAAUCAAUGCAGAAAAGGCACCGUUUUUCUCGCAAAAGCUCCACAUCCGGUGCCUGCCGUCAGUUGUUUUGUUCAAAGACGGAAUCGCAGUGCACACGAUAGUCGGCUUUACGGAAUUAGGUGGUGUGGAUGAUUUUCGAAGAGCCAAGCUGGAGCGUCUCCUUCUCAAGUACAAGGUUGUCGAGAGGUGCCUUGGAGACAACAUCAGCGACGAGUCAGAUGACGAGUCGGACAACAAUUGACGGACGCAACGCUUUGCUUGACAGAUUUCCUUGGAGAUUUUAACUACAUACCACGUGCAGUGCACAUCCUGGUGCACCGUUUCCCUCUGGACCGGCCACCGGCUGGGCUCGUAUACGUCGAAUGGAACGUGUGCUUUUCACUGGUACCUCUCGACACGGAUGAGUUUGCGUUCGUCUGUCCAGGAAGGUGGUUAUACUCAUGUGCUCGAGUAUGCUGAGGCUCGCAGCAGUGUAUGAAGCGUUUUUGCUGUGUACGGUGUUAUGCAAUAAUAUGCUUGUCAAUCGCCGAGCUCUCUAGUGCCGCCUGCAGAAACCGUGAAUAAUGGCCUGCGGAGGAGUGCACGCGGCACGCUUGGGAACAGUAUACGAUGUUCAAAGCGCGCAGAUUUUAUUCGACAUCUCACAGAAAGAGCGGAAAUGUAGAAAGCUUAUUCUCUUCCCAUUUUCGUACAAGCGAGAGGUUAAAGUUUCGCAGAAACUAAAUUUCGUGGUAACAAAACGCACAUCUGAACAAAACAAAGGAAACUCCCUCACGCCGCCCGUUACAGAUGUGCAUCCGCUUUGACCUCCUGUAUUCGG